UGAGCCAUCGUUAAGGUUAUCAAUUUCAGCUGUGCUUUUCCUAUGAAAAGUCAAAAAUGUCUGCUGUGAAAGAGGUCCAUAAAUAAACCUAAACAGUCCCUGCCCGCCCAGGCUGUGUGCCAGGAUAAUCAUGUUGGGGUCUGUGUGUGUGUGUUUCCAGAGAGGGUGGUAGAACGGUGCCCUUCCUGAGAGGAAGUUGCAGCAAAAGUGAUAUGACACAAUUUGUCAUUGACUCAUUCCCUGAAGAACAAUUAAUACCAGUUUGCCAUUGAUUGUCCGUCUGCAUAGUGGAGUAAAUGCAACAACAAGAUUGAGCGACUGACCAUAUCAAAUGAUGUUUCAAGAAUUGGUUGAUACUAGACAAAGCCUGCAUCGCAUGGUGCUGGUAGCUGCAUUUAUAGUAUUUGUCCAAGACCUGAGCAGCGGGGGAGCAGCGCAGGCAUGGACCUACAACUACAGCACCGUUCCCAGCCGUAAAUGGCCUGAUGCCCGCCAGUGGUGCCUGCAGCACUUUACAGACAUGGUGCCCAUCCGGAACCAGGAGGAGAGUGCCUUCAUCAAUGAUCUGCUGCCUCUUAACACAAGAUAUUACUGGAUAGGCAUAGUAAAAAAGGAUGGAGAGUGGAUCUGGCAAGAAACCUCUGAGAAGGUACCUGAAGAAGCUCAGAAUUGGGCACCAGAGGAGCCAGAUAACAUAGCAAAUCAGGACUGUGUGGAGAUUUACAUAAAGAGGGAGACAGACACCGCCAAGUGGAACAACGAGAGCUGUCGCAAGAAGAAGGGAACCGUCUGCUAUGCUACCUCUUGCAGACAGGAUUCCUGCAGUGCCAAUGCAGACUGUGUGGAGACCAUUGGGAACUAUACCUGCCAGUGCCAUCCUGGUUUCCGGGGGUCACGCUGUGAAGAGGCAAUCGCAUGCAAACCCUUGCUGGAUCCAGAACAGGGAUCUCACUACUGUUUCCAUCCCUAUGGGUCCAAUCGUUUCAACUCUUCCUGCCGUUUUGACUGUGAACUUGGCUUUCAGUUGGUAGGAGUGCCACAACUGCUUUGCCAAGCCAGCGGACGUUGGAACCACCCUGUUCCUCUGUGUCAAGUAAAAAAGUGCUCCCCCGUUUUCUUUCCUGUUACGGGCAAUGUGACAUGUGUGGACCCUCUGGAGCCUUUCUCCUUUGGCUCACAGUGUAACUUCACCUGCCAAAAAGGCUACUACCUGACCGGAGACAACACAUUCACCUGUCUGGCCUCGGGACAAUGGAGCAACCCUACACCUACGUGCACAGUGGUAAAGUGCAACCGUUUAAAGACUCCACCCAAUGCAUUCAUGCAAUGUCAGGACCCUCGAGGAGUGUACAGCUAUGGCUCAAUAUGUUCCGUGCUAUGUGAAGAAGGAUUUGAUCUGAUUGGCACAAACAUGACGAAAUGUUCUUCUCGGGGAAACUGGAGUCAUGCACUUCCUGUUUGCCAGGCUAAGAGGUGUAAACCAAUAAAUCCUCAUCAUGGCUCCCUAUCCUGUUAUGACCCAAAUGGUUCCUUCAGUUUUGGUUCUUGGUGCACUACAACCUGUGAUGAGGGCUUUCUACUGAAUGGAACAGACAGCACUGAGUGCACCUCCCUGGGCAUGUGGAGUGCAGACAUACCACAUUGUCUUGCUAAGAGAUGUCCCACUGUGAACUCCUCCUCUCAUGGCUACUUGGUGUGCUCUGAUCCUCAUGGAGAGUUCAGUUUUGGUUCUCUGUGUACAUCAACCUGUGAGGAGGGUUUUCUUCUGAAUGGGACGGCUGACACAAAGUGCACCUCUCUGGGCACAUGGAGCACAGACAUCCCUCAUUGCAAUGCUAAAAGAUGUCCCGCUUUGGUCGCUCCCUCAAAUGGCUCCCUAGUUUGCUCUGAUCCUUAUGGAGAGUUCAGUUUUGGUUCUCAGUGCAAGUCGACAUGUGAGGAGGGCUUUCUCCUGAAUGGGACAGCUGACACAGAGUGCACCUCUCUGGGCAUGUGGAGCGCAGACAUCCCAGGUUGCUUGGCUAAAAGAUGUUCAACCCUGAGCUCUCCGUCUCAUGGCUCACUAGUUUGCUUUGAUCCUUAUGGAGAGUUCAGUUUUGGUUCUCAGUGCAAGUCAACAUGUGAGGAGGGCUUUCUCCUGAAUGGGACGGCUGACACAGAGUGCACCUCUCUGGGCAUGUGGAGCUCGGACAUCCCAGGUUGCUUGGCUAAAAGAUGUUCGACCCUGAGCUCUCCCUCUCAUGGCUCCUUUUUCUGUGUUGAUCCUCAUGCAAAGUUCAGUUUUGGUUCUUGGUGUAAAUCAAUCUGUGAGGAUGGUUUUCUCCUGAAUGGGACAGCUGACACGGAGUGCACCUCUCUGGGCACAUGGAGCACAGACACCCCUCGUUGCUUGGCACAGCCAUGCCCCCUACUGGCCAAGGCUCCACAACAUAGUAGGAUGAACUGCAGCCAUCCAUACUCUCCUUUCAGCUUUGGCUCCCACUGUGACUUUGAAUGUGAUGAGGGCUUCCGGCUGAAAGGAACGAAGACUAUCACAUGCGACAACUCGGGCCACUGGAGUCAAGAUCUACCCACCUGCCAGCCUGUACAGUGCGAGUCCCUUCGUGCCUUGUCUUUAUCCCUGUCUAUGAACUGCUCCCAUCCUCUGGGGAACUUUAGCAUUGGCACCCAGUGUCUUUUCACCUGUGAGGAGGGAUUCUCCCUGAAUGGCACAGGUGUGCUGAUUUGCUCCUCCACUGGGUUCUGGAAUGCCAGCCUGCCUACCUGCACAGGUAUGCCAGUGGGGUGGACUGCCAUGCUGCUGUCUCCAGGUUUAAGAGCAGUUUAUGUUGUCCUGCUGCUUGUCCUGAUAGGACUGGCUGUGGUGAUUAUAAUGCGAUUUAAGAAAAAAGGAAAUACGAUCAUGGAACCGCAUGCACCAACAUGGGGAGACAGAGAGAAUCCAGCAUUUGAUUUUAAGACUUGAUUUUUGUAGCAAAUCAUUUAAAAAUACUGCACCCAAACACUUGCUGUUAUUAUAUAAAGCUUGGUAGUUUUUGUGGUAUGAUACUGGUAAGAAAAGAAUACAGUAGGAUUAGAGCUUCACUGGAACUGAUUUAAUGCACGUUUUGCAUGAAAACUGUUACCUUUGUUAUUAAAGUCAUAAGGUGUCCUGCUUGUGUAUUGCUUGCUUGUCAAUAAACUAUCAACAAUUCUUAAA